CAUCGCUAGUUGCACGACACAGCUCUCCAGUGACCAGUCUUCACUCUCCAGCAGUGAUCGCAGAGAGAAGGUUGUGCUUUGUGUUUACGAUUAUCGAUUUACGAUUGUCUUUAUUCAUUAGUCCACAGCUGCCUAGAAGCUUUCAAGUUUCAAUAGGAUUUAUUCGCAAAGAUGUUGGUAGACGUGGAUGUGAACGAAGGUACCCUACGGGGUAAGAGGUGCACUACUCCGUUUGGCAAAGAAUACUAUAGCUUCGAGGGUGUACCCUACGCAAGACCGCCUGUUGGCAAAUUAAGAUUCCGGGAUCCUCAGGAACCUGAACGCUGGAUGGGUGUUCGCGAUGCUACGAAACCAGGCAACAAAGCGGCCCAAAGUAACCCAUUCGUUGCUGAAAUCUCGGUCGAUGGCUCAGAAGAUUGCCUUUAUCUGAACGUAUACACUCCAUGCUUACCAGCAGAGACACUUCAGAAACUUCCAGUAAUAUUCUUCAUUCAUGGCGGCAGACUCCUUUUAGGUUGUGGGGAUUACCACCGACCAGACUACUUUAUAAGCCACAAUGUUAUCGUGGUGACAAUAAAUUACAGGCUUAAUAUUUUCGGGUUUUUAUGUCUCCAUACGCCUGAGAUUCCGGGAAAUGCUGGUCUCAAGGAUACAGUAAUGGCUCUUAAAUGGGUCAAGAAUAACAUCAGAUAUUUUAAUGGAGAUCCUGGUAAUAUAACAGCUUUCGGUGAAAGUGCAGGUGGAGCUAUUGCAACAUCUUAUUUAGCGUCGAGAAUGACUCGGGGAAUGGUCAGUAAAAUAAUAAGCCAAUCGGCAACUUGUUUGUCAGAUUUGUAUUUACGUGAUGAAGACCCCAUCGCGAAAGCUGCGCAAAUAGCUGCUUAUAUGGGCAUCGAUUGCAAUGACCCUAAAAAACUGCAAGGAAUAUUUGAAGAUGCAUCUGUGGAGGAUUUGCUGUUUGCAACAACCAUGGCCGAAGUGAGGAGACCUUGGUAUAUGAUCCAAGCCUUUUUACUGCCAGUUGUGGAAAAGAAGUUUGAAGGCGUCCAACCAUUUUUUGAAGAAUUUCCACUUACAUCUUUUACGUACAAUCGCUUCCAAAAGGUACCGAUUAUAUUCACAGUAUCCUCUUGCGAAGGUGCUCUUUUCUUCAACAAAGACAAGAUGGUCCAAGAUCUGAGGAAGCUGAUACCAAAAAAUUCAGGGAUUCGUGAAGAUUCGCCAAAGGCUUAUAAGAUUGCAGAAAAGUUGAAACAAAAUUACUUUAAAGACAAGAAAAUUGAUAUGAACUCUUUAGAUGAAUAUUUGAAGUUGAUAUCUGAUGCAUAUUUUAUUCGGGAUAUAUUACAUACUGCCGGAUUAAUUUCUUUAUAUCAUGAAAGCGUGUAUUUGUUCAGAUUUGAUUACUUUGGUAAUAUGCACACAAGAGUUAUGAAGUCUCUGGGGAUAAAUGGCGCGACUCAUGGCGAUAUAGUGCAGUAUCAGUUUUAUAGAGAGAGUAAGUUGAGAAAUUGCAUACCAGAUGAUUUGAAGGUUGUUGAUAUUAUCACCGAACUUUGGGCAGCAUUCGUCAAGACGGGCAUACCGUCAUGGCGGACUAACGAAAUUCAAUGGAGGCCGUAUUCACGAGGACAAUACUGCCUGAAUAUUGGCGACGAUAUAAGAUGCAUGCCCCCUCCGGAACUGAAAAGGCUCCAGGUCUGGAAUGAGGCAAUCCUGGGAAGAUGCAAAAUAUAAGCUGUAUAGCUACAAGUACCUAUUUACCAACGAAAAGCGAUAAAAACGGUCAUUCCCCUUUAAUAGUACAUUACGCACCCAGGGAGAAAAGUAGGUCAUUCUCACCCGCGGAAUAUUGACAACCGCGGGUGGCAAUGUCCUAUUUAUCUCACGUGGUGAGAAUACGAUUUUUAUUCCCAUUUGGAACAAAAGCUCGAUUUUAGUCCCUGGUACGAGGGACAAAAGUCGUCAAAGAAUCGGCGGCUUUUGUCCCUCGUACCAUGGUCAAGAAGACAGAUUUUCAUCGAGGUGGGGAAAAAAAUUACUUUUUACAUCUUGAUUAUUUGACAUAACGUCAUCUCUGCAUAGUAAUGUUCGAAAUUGGUUACGUCAAACCUACGUGGCAGGCAAAUUGUUUGUCCACUAUGAGUCAGGUUUUGAUCCAAUAAAUUCAUUUGGAUAUUAUAAAUGUUUAAAUCAAUUUGUGUUGUCCCGGUAAAACAUGUAAUAAUAUUUUCAACACACUUGCUCGUAAAGUGAGGCUUAUUACAUCGUUCUUAGGGCCUUAAAGCGAACUAUAACACACGCGUGCAUAAUAGAAUUAUCCCUACAAAGUUAAGUUAAUACCUAACUGCAAAGUGAGUAAUAUGUGAGUGACUGCUAAAUCUGAGUGAACAGAGUAUUUUAAAUUUAACCUGGUAAUAGUUUUUUUUGUAAUACCAAAGAGGUUUUAUUUCUCUGAAAAUCCAUCUGCAUUUUUGUAAUAAAUACCUGUGUCCCAAUUAAAACACAAUAUAAUAUUAAAUUCGCAAUAAUGUGUUAUAAAAUAUAUGCAUUUUAUUACUACAAUUAAAAUUUUGAAGCUGUAUGGCUGUAUGUAAUCAAUCACCUUAUAUUUGGUGCGUGCAAAAAAAAACUUGCGCACUAUUUCCCAUAACUUUAUUCUACAUUUGUUUUGUUUAUACACGUUUGUUUUUCCGACGCAAGUGUGUUGAAAACUGCGUAUGAAACUUGUGAGCAACUUGUUCACUAGACACUCGGCUGAUGUACGAUUAUUGCAUCUCACAGCCUCUUGUAUAAUGAACUACUUAUCUGACUUGUAUCAUAAUAUACUGUACUGAUUGUUGGUAUUAUAAUACAGGUGAUUAUGCGAGUCAGACUCGUCCUUGUAAUUGUCCAAGACAUCAUUAAAAUACGAAUAAAAAAUAAAACAAUACUUUUCUACUAGAGAAGAUUAUGAAUUUCAAAAACCGGUCAUUUAAUGAGUCUGAUUCGCGUACGAGGCUUCCGUACAAUUGUCUAACAUGUCAUUAUAUACUUAUUACAAAUUCAAAAAUAUUUUUACAAAAAUAUUUGAAAUACUUUUGUACGACAGAUUUUUUUAAUUUGCCAUGGCCGAGACUAAGAAUCCGCCAUAUUUGGCAAUAAUUGUCAAAAUCUGCUUAAAACUAUAGCAGAUUGAGGCUAUACCCCAAACUACUACCCCGGCAACAGAAAGACGAUGUACGGAAGAACAACGAAUUCUUAGGCCCGGUCCAGAUAUAACGAACGACGGCAAAGCUAAUAAAAGAAAGAAAAAAGAGUGUCUUGUAAGGCUAGUGAAAGAGAAAAAAGAGACAGCUGGCUUUCAUUACCUUUAUUUGGACCGGGCCUUAGUAAUAUGGUUUUCGUAGAUUAGGGGGCGUACGUAAUAUUACGUAAGACUAUUUUGGUGAUUUUUUGACCCGAAAAGAGUCAUCAACAGGAGAGGCCCUUUGAGGCGCUUUGAGAUUCAUCCAAAUGCUUAUUUGGAAAAAACUCAAUCCGUGACAUUGGAAGGGGUUGUCCUCGCCCCGCCUAAAACGCCUCACGUUACUAAUGGACCCCACCUUACUCUUCUGGUAAGGAACCCAAAAAAAUAACAUUUUAAUCAUUUAGUUGUUAAGUUAGACGUUAAGAGGAGACAUUAGUGACCAUUUUGCCAUACUGUUAACGUUCUUUACUCUUUUCUCUCGGUUUUCUCUCGGUUUUUAAUCCUAGAUCAAAAUUAUGAAGAUAUUCGUGUUAAUUUAACACCGCAAACAGAAGCCUAGAAAUCCGACAACGAUAAAGGAAAAAAUUCAAACAGUCUCAGCCAGACACAGAAUAUUUUGCUUCCCAUUCAGCUUUCUAAAAUUUCAUUAGCAUUGGCUAUUUUUGGGGAGGAAAAUCCCGGGAACGAAACCCUAAUUUUUGAGUUUUGAACUCACAAUUUUAAGUCGGAGCUACAGUUGUCCUUAUCGCACUGAUGAUUAUCGCCCGCGUCAGUGGACUGUAUAAUUCUUAAAUCUAAAACCGGCAUCAGCUAAUGUUUCUCCUAAUGGUUUUUUUUGGGCUUAAUCAAAGUUAACCAUUUUUAUAUCUCUUAUAUCAAAAUAUAAUCAUAGAAACCGUAAGCAAAUUUAGUGUAGUAUUGUAAUCGUAAUGUUAAGCAUAUUUGAAGUUAUACUUCUUUUGGCGUGUUAGGGAAAAAUUAUCAGAGUGAAUUUUACCGUCACGCAAAUUCGACACCAUGACGGUAGCUGGUCAACUAGACCAUUUGUAUCAUUCUUCAGCUACCAGGCCUCUUGUAGCUCACUUGUCUACUGAACCAAAACCAAUGGACGAGAAUUAAAUAAAUUUCAAUUUAUGUACAAGUUUUAAAAUAAAAUAAAAUUAUUUCUCUCCAAUUAUAAAAGUAAUUUAAUAAUAUUUAAUUACACGUUAUUUCACAGAAUUAUGCAGUAUAGUAAUAUUUUCAUUGGUUUUAUUUAAUACCUUCUUUAUUACAAGUUUUCUAAAAAAUAUUUUUUUCAAGGAUUUUUGUUUUAUUACGCCAAAAAGAAGAAUAACUUCUUGUGUGUGUAUAUUGUACACACACACUUUUUUAUAUCUUAUAUCAAAAUAUAAUCAUAGAAAUCAUAAGCAAAUUUAUUGUUGCGUUGUAAUCGCAAACGAAAUGUAAAACUAGACGUGUUAAGUAAGAAAAAAGCUUAUACCUAAAGUUUUAAAGGAUCAAAAAAUUUAUGUGACAAAUAUAAUUUAUUUAAAAUACGUACUUCAAAUAGAUCUAUGCAUUCAGUUUGUACAACAGGUAUCUGUAUUUUAUUUUAUUUAUUGCAUAAAUAUUAUGUAUCACUCGGAAAAACUUUGCACAAACUGACCCCUAGUAGGAAUUGUUAAUUUUAAUACUUUGGUGAACAAAUGUACUAUUUACGCUCGAAAUUGUUUUGAGUAAAUUGCUUUUGGUGCGUCAAAAGCAAAGCCCAAAUACUUGUUUUUAAUCAUAUUGAGUUAAUUUUAAGUAUCCGUCAUCCUAAAAUCAGGAUAUAUGAGGCCAUAUUUUAAGCUAUUGUGAUUAAUUCUGAAAGAAAAACAGUUACUUAGUUUUAGUCGUGGACUGUAUUACGAAUUGCGUUUAUCUUGUUGCAUUUAUUUGAGUCCUGCGAAGAGUGCCAAGCACCAAUUAUACUAUUAGAUUGUAGACUCUAUGUUAUUAACUAACAAAAAAAAUGUUCAUGCACAUUGAAAUGAUUAUUUUUACUACUAGUUUUGUCGUCCCAUCUAGGGGACUCUACCGAUUAAUUGUUGUAAUAUAAUCGAGACGUACGGAUUUUGAAACUAGCGGCCAACUCGAUUUUUCGAAUUUGCCAAAAUGACUGCUUCUUGUAUGCCGUGAAACGGGUCAUAUGGGAACCAACUGUCAGGUUCUUCCAUAUUCGAUAUUGCUUCUAACUUAUUUAUAUCGACUUUUCAUAAUUUAUCAUUUUAUUCGUUUCAUCAUGAUGUAAUUUAUAUUAAAUUUAAUAUUUAUACCAAAGAAAUUGAGAAUGAGGCGUUAUUAUGCGAAAAUCCAUUGCUGUUUAAAAUGUCAUCGAUACGUAUAUCGUCUCAAAUCAAGGCAUUUUCAGGAGAUUUUGACUUGCCAAAAGCCGAAACGAGAGUGAACGAUCUCUCACUCCAGCUUUUGGCGUUCAACUUAGAUAAUAUCGCUGAUUUCUUACUCAAUCUCGGUAUUUUUGUUGGGUUUCAUGUUCCCUUCUGAUCAAAUUCAAAUGUAGUUUGCGUUUAGUACAGUUAACCAAGGCAAACGCCAUACACCUUAGUAUAUAUUUUUAAUUGUUAUGUUAAUAAACUAUUGCAUAUAAGACCACAGGUUUUAGCAAUGGAACCACCUGCCAUACUUAAUGUUUAUAUGAAAAUUUGUCGCCGAGAGUUGCUAAAAAACAAUGACCUUGCGUUUGACAACAGCUGCUUGCCUCGUACCAUAACACUCAUACAAAUUGUGAUAGUUUAACGACAGUCGCUAUUCCAAGACGUUUCAUUUAAAUUUUUGGUUAAUGUGUAACAAUUCUCGGCGAACAGAUAAUGCACUGUGUCGGUAAAUAACUAACUUUAGUUUAUAUUUUUUCCUGUUGGUACGGUUAAAUUGGGUAUUUUUUUACAAAUAAUUAUUUACAAGCGAUUCAAUACUUGAAGUACAACUAUUUUCUAUUGUUUUGUUUUGGAUACUUUUUUUUUAUUAAACUUUUAUUAUUUA